AUGGGCCAUGACCAUUCGGACGUGUCAAACACGAGUACGAAGUCAUUAUCCUCUGAAUCUGAUGUAUAUCCUUUACACAAUGAAACUACGGCACCGGCAACGCCUACCCUAGACUCAAUAUCGGAGAAAUCGAUGGAGGCGAGCAAUCAUCACCACACCGCAACGCACAAUCCCGAUAGUCAAACAAGCUCACUAGAUUCUGGGAGUAGCCCAAGGUCCCGCGCUACUUUAAGUCUUCAUGAAUCUGUGGCAGCUGAGAAUGAGGCUAUUUUGCAAGACGCUGGACCAAGUGAAUCGAAUGACAACUGUGCCAAUGCUGGCAACUUGGAGCACGUGGGCACUCCAGUUAAUUACAACCUUAUAAAUAACCCGCCAAACCUCGCAAGAAUACGACAAGUAAUGUUUGAAUGCAAAGAUCCAAUUGAGAUUAGCCUCGAAGAAUUUGAAACAUAUUGGCCAUACAUCGAUAAUGUGUGGGUUAAGCAAAGGUCCAACUCCAGUAAAGAAGGUCACUGCACAACGGACUACUAUAUGUGUCGUCUACGACGCCCAACGCACCGCACGUCCGAGACUCGGCCUCUACCGGAGGGUAAGCGUCCUCGGAAAAAGAGGGUACGUGAGGGUGGUAUCUGCAACUUCCAGAUUAAAGUUGUGCGCUUCGAGGGAGCCUAUUCAACGGUGACUAUCGCAAGGACACCCGGAAGCAGCCCUAUACACUCGCAUGACCUUGAUUACAUUGACCGGGUGAAGCGAAAUUCGGGGCUUAUGGAAUUUGCCCGCAAGGAGGCCAUUAAGGGGUACUUACCUUCGUCUAUAUAUACGAAGUUCCAGGAAGAACCUGAAAAGCUUAUCGAAGCAGGGGGGAAAUUCUGUACUGUCACGGACGUUCGCAAUGUCUCUGCGAAAUGGAGAAUACAAAACCCGGAAGUUAAGCUCAUACCUCACGAUGGGUAUGAAUAUCAGAAGGGCCAUGGCAUUACGUAUUUGGAUUCACCCCUACCGCCAGAUACGCUCUUGUUCCCUCAGUUUCCUUUAGAUUUUCUUGAGCCUUAUCUCCCAAGAUACGACGAGAGACGCCAGUUUCCACACGUUACUUUGUCGUAUGCAUCCUCCAUGGACUCCAAAAUAUCUCUGCUCCCAGGAAUGCAGACAGUACUUUCUGGGCCGGAGGCAAAACUGAUGACGCAUUACCUAAGAUCACGCCAUGAUGCUAUUUUGAUAGGUGUCGGGACUGUGUUGGCUGAUAACCCAGGCUUGAACUGGUACGGAGGCGACUUUCUCCGAAUUGUGGAGUAUAAUCAAAAUUGGCGUUUGCGCUGGGAAGCCAUUCUACGCGCCUUAGCGUCGGAGGGGGUCAAAAGUGUGAUGAUUGAAGGUGGUGGGACUGUGCUGAGCGAGCUGUUGAAUCCCGAAUACACGGAAUUCAUUGACUCUAUCAUUGUAACAGUUGCGCCGACAUAUCUGGGCAGUGGUGGGGUGCCAGUAAGUCCAGAUUCAAAACGUGAUGAACAGGGAAAGCCCAAUGCCGCCCUCAACCCAAGAGAGGUGAAAUGGAUGCCGCUCGGGCAAAAUGUUAUAAUGUGUGGAAGAAUCCGUGAUCCAGACUAG